AUGAUUACUGAUAACAUGGAUACAACGUGCGACCAAGUUCCUGCUGCUGGAUCUGUCCGAGCACCUCGAGCAUGUAGAUGUGGUCAACUUGAUCACUCCAGGAUCACCUCAAAGAAUUGCCCUGAGAACCCCAAGAACAGGCCCGAAAAGCGUGCUAUGCUCAUCUCCGCCUAUGCUGCCCAGUGCGCCCCAGAAAGGCAGCAGGAGCAGGAGCGUGCUGAUCGCCAUCUGGACGGACCAGAGCAUGCGGAUCGGGCGCCUGCCCUGCUACAGGACCUCUCCAAGCGCCUCGGAUAUGGUGGACUUGCAGAACAAUCUGAACUAACCGCUGAUGUACUUCUCACCUGGAGUGCUGGGCUAAUUCCAGCCUAUGCCGCCAAGUGCGCCCGCGAAAGACAGCAGAGGCAUGAGCGUGCUAAUCACCAUCUGGAGGAACUAGAGUAUGCAGACCUGGCACCCGCCCCUGCUUCAGGAUCUCCCCAGUGUCUCGGACAUCCAGAUGCGGCCAAACUGGCUGCUCCAGAAUCAUCUUCAAGGACUGCCCUAAGAAUCUCGGUAACACGCUCGAAAGAGCUCGACACUGGGGCACUUGCGGCUAAGUCAGCUCAUGACUUGGAUUUCUGCAAAGACGAUCAAAAAGCGCUCUACGCUGCAACCACAGCAGCGCUGGAUAACAAGGACGAAGGUGUGGCAAAGGUGCUCUUUAUUGAUGGGCCAGGAGGAACGUUCAAGUCUUUUUCGUACAGCACUUUGAUUGCCCAUAUCCGAGGAAGACGCGAGAAGGACGUGAUCGUUUUUAUAGCCCCGACCUGGGUCUUGGAGCACUAG